UCUGAAUUAAGUGUAUAUGUAUAUGCUGCUGCUCAGGUCAAGAAAGCUAUGGAAGUCAUGCAUUAUCUAGGGGGAGAAAAUUAUGUCUUUUGGGGUGGUCAGGAGGGUUAUCAGACUCUCCUGAAUGCAGACAUGGAAAGAGAGCUUGACCAUGUGGAAAAAGUCUCGACACUAUUUUCUUUGUUAUCAGCUACAAUUUGA